AUGUCCUGUAUCAGCUUCCCGCCGCCAUCCCAGGGGCAGCUCAUCACGGUGCUGAGCAUCGACGGCGGCGGCAUCCGCGGGCUCAUCCCGUCCACCAUCCUCGCCUGCCUCGAGUCGAAGCUCCAAGAGCUGGACGGGCCGGACGCGCGCAUCGCGGACUACUUCGACGCGAUCGCCGGGACGAGCACUGGCGCGCUGGUGGCGACGAUGCUUGCAGCGCCGGGCGAGAACAAGCGACCUCUCUUCGCCGCCAAGGAGAUCAACCAGUUCUACCUCGACAACGGGCCCAAGAUCUUCCCGCAGCGGAGUUACGGGCUCCUCACUCCGGUGGCGAAAUUGUUCAGCGCGGUGAUGGGUCCCAAGUAUGAUGGCAAGUUCCUGCACGAUAAGAUCAAGAAGCUCACCAACGACGUUACCAUCGCCGACACCAUUACCAACAUCAUCGUGCCGACUUUCGACAUCAAGUUCCUACAGCCGGUCAUCUUUAACACGUACGAGGCCAAGAAGGAGCCGCUCAAGAACGCCCACCUAUCGGACAUCUGCAUCAGUACGUCGGCGGCACCCACCUACUUCCCGGCGCACUUCUUCAAGACCCACGAUCCCUUGGGAAAGGUACCGGAACGUGAGUACCACCUUAUCGACGGUGGCGUGGCUGCUAACAACCCCACCAUGACUGCCAUGUCGAUGAUUACCAAGGAGGUUCUGUGCCGGAACCGGGACUUCAGCCCCGGCAAGCCCGCUGAGUAUGGCAACUACCUCAUCAUCUCCAUCGGCACCGGUGCGGCCAAGCAAGCGGAGACGUACAACGCGCCCGACUGCGCCAAGUGGGGCGUCAUCCGCUGGCUCCACCAUGGCAGCUUCAUCCCGCUCGUCGCCAUGUUCUCCCACGCCAGCGCAGACAUGGUCGACAUCCACGCCUCCAUGCUCUUCAAGGCUCUGGGAGUUGAGAAGAACUACCUCCGCAUCCAAGACGACUCACUCCUUGGCCACACGACGUCAAUGGAUAUCGCUACCAAGGAGAAUAUGGAGGCGCUCAUUGAGAUCGGCAACAAGCUGCUCAAGAAGAAGGUGGCCAGGGUGAAUAUCGACACUGGGAGCUACGAUUCCGUCGACGGCGAGGGAACCAACGAGGAGGCGCUCGCGCGCUUCGCCAGCAAGCUCUCCAAAGAGCGCAAACUGCGUCAAACCACCCUCAGCUCCCUCUAGGCUCUAGCACAGACUGGUAAGUUGAAUUUGAGGGCUAUAUAUGCAUGGUAAUUAAAUAGGUGGUGCCUAAUUAAGCAUGUGUAUAUAUUCACCCCCCGAAAAAGAAACGUGUGUAUGUUCAAGAAUCUCAUUAGAAUGGAGAAAUCAUUAAGGCCUCGUUGCAGGCAGGGAUUGACCUGAA